AUGUCUCAGUUCGCAGUGGAUCCGAACUCGGCGGUAUAUACAACGGAUGAGUACGGAAGACCGUUCAUUAUCCUCAGGGAACAAGGGAAGAAAACGAGAAUACACGGAGUAGAGGCCAUCAAGUCGCACAUUCUCGCUGCACGAACUGUUGCAAACAUCAUCCGAACAUCUCUGGGUCCUCGAGGCCUUGACAAAAUCUUGAUAUCACCUGAUGGCGAGAUCACAGUGACGAACGAUGGCGCCACAAUACUGGGACAGAUGGAGGUGGAACACCAAAUCGCCAAGUUGCUCGUGCAACUCUCGAAAAGUCAGGACGAUGAGAUCGGUGAUGGCACCACUGGUGUUGUUGUGCUGGCUGGGGCUCUCCUCGAACAAAGUGAAGGGCUUCUCGACCGAGGCAUCCAUCCUAUCCGUAUCGCGGACGGCUUCGAUCGUGCCUGCGCAGUCGCAGUCGAGCACCUCGAUAGCAUCUCGGAACGCGUAGACUUCUCACCAAGCAACACUAACAAUCUAUUGAAAACCGCAAAGACAAGUCUAGGCAGUAAAAUUGUCUCAAAGGAGCACACCCAGUUUGCGCAAAUAGCUGUGGAUGCAGUUCUGGCUGUCGCCGAUCUGCAACGUCGCGACGUUCCGUUUGACCUAAUCAAGGUUGAUGGCAAAGUUGGAGGCUCUUUGGCUGACACUAAACUCAUUCGAGGAGUUCUCCUUGACAAAGACAUGUCACACCCGCAGAUGCCCCACUCCGUCAAAGAUGCUCGCCUUGCCAUCUUGACGUGUCCGUUCGAACCUCCUCGUCCCAAGACGAAACACAAGUUGGAUAUCACGAGUGUGGAGGAAUACAACAAAUUGCGCUCAUACGAGAAGGAGAAAUUCGCAGAUAUGAUCCAGAGGGUGAAAGACACGGGGGCGAACUUGGUCAUUUGCCAGUGGGGCUUCGAUGAUGAGGCAAAUCAUCUUCUCAUGCAAAAUGACCUUCCGGCAGUUAGAUGGGUUGGGGGGCCAGAAAUCGAGCUGAUCGCCAUCGCCACGCACGGACGUAUUGUGCCCCGGUUCGAAGAUCUUACGGCAGCAAAACUCGGGAAGGCAGGCAUUGUACGAGAGCUUUCUUUCGGCACCACAAGAGAUAAGAUGCUCGUCAUCGAAGAGUGCGCCAAUACCCGGGCGGUUACCGUCUUUGUACGAGGAAGUAAUAAGAUGAUUGUUGAUGAAGCCAAGCGAGCCCUCCAUGACGCUAUCUGUGCCGUCCGAAAUCUCGUUGUCGACAACAGAGUUGUUUAUGGAGGUGGCUCUGCCGAUAUUAGCUGUGCAAUUGCCGUUUCAAAGGCCGCGGAUGAAAUCCCAACGAUAGAACAAUACGCAAUGCGCGCAUUUUCGUCAGCGCUUGAUGCCAUCCCACUAGCCCUCGCCGAAAAUAGCGGUCUAUCACCUAUAGAAACCCUUACGGAAGUUCGCAGUAGACAAGUCAACGAAAAGAACUCACGGCUGGGAAUUGACUGCAACGACCGAGGAGAAAAAGAUAUGAAGAAGCAAUUCGUUUACGAUCCUUUGAUUUCAAAACGCCAACAAUAUCUCCUUGCCACACAGCUCGUCCGUGCAGUUCUCAAGAUUGAUGAUGUGAUCGUAGCUGGCCAGGAUGAGUAG